GGUCCGGACGUGCUUCGAGCGUGUGCUCGCGGACCUUUUGUUCGUCGUACCGCAUUUUUUUUUUUCAAUAAAGUCAUUCCACUGCGGCAGAACGCAUUUGUCCGGUAUCUCAUUUUAUCCGUUGUUAAGUAAUGUAGGAGGAAUGAGUUUCUCGUAAUCAAAAUUGACAAAGAGAGGGCGAGGGAGAGAGAGAGAGAGCUUUAUAGACCGCGGCAACGCUCACCGCAUGGUUAGCCACAUACUACAAUUACACAGAAGAAAUAUGCGUCGGGCACGUAUAAAGGCUUUGGCUACUGUGCCAGUUCGAAAAAAGGUUAUAGAAAAUACAGUACCCUCUAUAGAAAACACAGAUAAUAUACCUGAUAAUGAACAUGUGGAGCAAGACACAUCUAAUAUUGUUGUACCAGAACAAAAAAGUAGUAUACAAGGUAGUGGCGUAAGCGCGAGCGAAUCUGAAGAUGAACAUGGCAAGAGAGUAGCGUCUGUUGUGCCAAGUCGUAUACGAAACGACUCCAUCUGCUCUAUACAAAGCAACAGGGAAAGUACCAUCAAUGAUAUUGCAAGAAUCAAAGUAACUCAAAAGAGACGCAUGAUGGUUUCGGAAUCAGCAAGAAAACUGGCUGAGGCUAGAAGGGAAUUUCUAAUAAAACAUGAAAAUAAAACACCCGAUAGAAGUCAAUUGAAAAUGUAUGAUCUGAUCUAUUAUAAUCCUGUAACAAAUCCUAUGAAGAAAUCAAAAGCAUCCACUAUUAUACCAGCCCACGAAACUACACAAUCAGAGGAAAACUUAAAGGAGGAAGAGGAAGAUGAUCCUUCGACGUUGCCUGCGCCACAAGUAAAAGUUGGCCCUGAUGGUCAAUUGAUAAUAGAUGAACAAAGUCUUGUGAUAGAACAAACAAGAGUGAGAAAACAUAAGGAGAUAUUAUCACAAGACAUCAUUGUAGAGGAAGAAGAUUAUGGCAGUGGGUUUUAUAAAAAGCGUCAAAAGAGUAAAGAGUGGCCAAAAUGGGAGACAUUCAAAUUUUAUAAAGCAUUAAAUGUAGUGGGUACAGAUUUCCUGUUGAUGCAGACUCUAUUUCCAAAUCGAACAAGAGCGGAAAUUAAACAAAAGUAUAAGAAAGAAGAAAGAGUUAAUCGUCCCUUAGUGGAGAAGACUCUGAAGUAUCAUCAAGAGUUUGAUACUGAAAUGCUGGAAGAACAAUUAGCAACGUUACAAGAACUAGAAAAUGUUCAAGCAGAUGUGAAUAAGAAGACGUCAGAAAAAGAAAAGAAAGACCAACACUUAACCAGGAAUGCUAGAAAGCGCAGACGUCGAUUUGCAGCAACUAGUAUCGCGCAAUGUGAAGCACCAUCCACUAACGAUCAAGAAGCUGAAGACAAAGCGACAAUAGAUAAUGAAAUUAACGAAAACGGCGGAGCAAAUAACAGUCGACAAAUGAAGAAGGGAAACAACAAACGAAAGUUAAAAAAGUGCUCAAAUGAUAACUUUGACGAUAGUAGUUGCAUAAGUUCUAACAGUAAUUCUGACAGUGAUAUGGAGGUUUAUCAAAUUAGACCAACUAGAUCUGGUAGACAGCCAAAACCGAAGAAGUUACGAGCGCGCAGCAUUAACAUGCUUGACAGUAGUAUCGAAAACGAAUCGUUAAUGAAGGAAACUACGACAUCGUUGCAAGAAACUCCACUGUCGCAGAAAGUUACGGAAGAUUCGUCUACGCCAUCUGUAUCCAAGGAUAACGAAGAUGCAGUAACACCUUCUCCUGAAAAUAUCGCAACUGCGAUACCAGAUAUCAGUGAAAUAGAACCAGGAUCCCUAGUGAUUUUAACGAAGGAAUCCGUGGAAGAGCCCGGGAAAACUAUUUUACAAGUUUACAUGGUUAGUUCCAAUGCUGAUAAAAAGAAUGCUGACGACGAAAUUCAAGUUAACUUAAUAAACAAUUAAGGCCAAUGUGACACUUGUGCUUCUGCCACCAGAACUGUUAUCUAUAGUAACUAAUAAAAUUGAGGAUGUCAAACA